AUGUCCCUCUCCCAAAAAACCGACAUCCUAGUAAUAGGCUCCGGCAACGCCGGCCUCAGCGCCGCCCUCUCAGCCGCACAAACAAACCCAACCCUCAAAGUAACAGUAAUCGAGAAAAGCCCCUCCUCCUGGGCCGGCGGCAAUACCUACUUCACAGCAGGCGCCUUCCGCACAGUCCACAACGGCCUAUCCGACCUCCUCCCACUAGUCAACAACACCACCCCCUCGCAAGCAUCCCGCAUCGACAUGGACCCCUACACAGAAUCAGACUUCACCGCAGACCUGCAGCGCAUGACAGGUGGACGCACCGAUCCCGCGCUCUCCAAAGCGCUCGUCUCCGACUCACGCGCCGCAAUCACCUGGCUAGCCUCUAACGGCGUCCGCUUCCAGCUCUCCUUCAACCGCCAAGCCUAUGAAGUCAACGGCCGCAUCAAGUUCUGGGGUGGUCUUGCGCUAAAGACCGAAGACGGCGGGAAAGGUCUUGUGGAAGACGAGCUGCGCGCCGUGAGAAAUGCCGGCGUCGACGUUUUCUUCGAUACAGCCGCCACGGCGCUGGUUACAGACGAUUCCGGUGCGGUCGUUGGCGUCGAGGUCGUCAACUCUGCCCCUGUCUCCAAGAGCAGAAGAACAACCAUUGCCGCAUCAGCAGUCAUCCUGGCUGCCGGCGGCUUCGAAGCCAAUCCACAGCUCCGCGCGCAAUGGCUCGGACCGGGGUGGGACGCAGCAAGCGUGCGCGGAACACCGUAUAACACGGGCGAAAUGCUGAAGAUUGCAUGUCGCGAUGUCAGCGCCAAGACAGCCGGGAACUGGAGUGGAUGUCACAGUGUAGCGUGGGAUGCGGAUGCAGGUGCGCACUCCGGGAACCGGGAGAUAUCGAACCAGUACACGAAGAGCGGGUAUCCGCUUGGGAUUAUGGUGAAUCGGAACGGGGAGCGGUUUGUGGAUGAGGGGUUUGAUAUGCGGAAUUAUACAUAUGCGAUGAUUGGACGGCGGGUGCUGGAGCAGCCUGGGCAGGUUGCGUUUCAGAUUUGGGAUGCGCGGACUACGGGGUGGUUGCGAGACGAGGAGUAUCGGGAUGAGGUUGUGAGGAGGAUUGAGGCUGGGACUAUUGAGGAGUUGGCGGGGAAGUGUAAGGAGGUUGGGCUUGUUGAUACGGAGGCGUUUGUGAAGACGAUUAGGGAGUAUAAUGCUUCUGUUGAGGGAGAGGAGGAGAGGAAGAGGUGGGAUCCUGCUGUGAAGGAUGGGUUGAGGACGAAUGGGUUGGCGGUUGCGAAGUCGAAUUGGGCUUUGCCGGUUGAUAAGGCGCCUUUCUUGGCUGUUAAGGUCACGGCGGGCGUUACGUUUACUUUUGGGGGGUUGGCUGUUAGGCCGGAGACUGCGGCUGUGAUUUCGGAGACGACGAAUGAGGAGGUGCCCGGUUUGUAUUGUGUUGGGGAGAUGCUUGGUGGUAUCUUCUAUGAUAACUAUCCCGGUGGGAGUGGAUUGACUUCUGGUGCUGUCUUUGGGCGUCGUGCAGGUCGAGCUGCAGCUGAGAGAGCUGGAAGUGGAAGACUUGGACGGUUGUGA